AUGGCUGUUCCUCAGAAGAGGCUAUCAGAAGCAGCGGUGGCAGUCUCUAAAAUCCUCUCCGACCAUGGAAUUAAACAUGGCGUUUUUGGCGGUUGGGCGGUGAAUGUCCUCGGCGGUAAUCGGGCCACUAAAGAUAUCGAUUUAAUGGCAGCAAUUGGAAAAGACGAACUUUGGCAGCUGAUGGAAGGUCGAAUAGGUUGGGUGAAGAUCCCAAACAUGAGAGAAGAUUAUGCUCCUUUCUUUUGGGAUGAUGCCUUGCAGAGACCUGUUCUUGUUGAGAUAUUCAUAGGUGACCACCACCAUCUCAGUUAUCGAAUAUCCUUCUUAAAACUUGUAGGUUCAACAGCCUCACCCGCAAAUACUGAAAACGCACGUCGAGCGAUGCGAGUUGUUGACACUCAGACCGUAUUGAUAGACAAUGAGCCGGUUCAGCUCCUUGCCAUAGUCUCAAUUUUCAAGGGCAAGCUCCAUGCCGCAGCUGACCGGGCUAAAGUUUCGGAUGCAAUGGACCUAAAGCACCUUCUAAGCAAAUAUGCGGAACACCUUCGACCGCACGCUACAAGUAUUAAUCUCCGAGACGUUGGUAAAGCCGUGAGAAGGUAUCCCGAGCUCUCUGAGCCACUCUCUUCAGUUGGAAUUGAUGUAUUUCAAGCGCAGGAAAUACAAUCGGACGAGGUAACAUGGAUGAGUCCACCUACUUAUAAUGUUCAGAAGGGCAUCAUGGAGUAA